ACUUCUCAGCUGCUCUGCUCCGCUGAACAAAGGGUUGUUAACAGGUUGAGUUGUCCACUUCCCGCUGAGCUGCUCCACGAACUGUUGGUUCUGUUGCUGAUCCAGGGUUUAGGGUAGCCGCUUGAAAUAACGUUCACACCAACAUGUAUUUACAACACACAAAACAUAGGCGGAGCCUGUAUUAACGUUGGAUUCCAGGCCUUCCAUCGUCGCGACGUACGCGCUCUAGGUCCUGGCAAUGAACGAUAUUAGUGCGAUACGCCAAGCAGUAGCUGCUUGGCAUGGACGGCUUUUGGCUCAUCCAGUAACGCAGGACUCGCUAGCCCAUGGACCGCAAAAUGGAGCGAACCCGGAAGCUGUUUCCUUCGCAGCUGCGGAACUGGCUGCGGUACUGGAGGAGUACCAACUGCCAGACGGACUCAUAGACGACCUGCUCAGCGUGUGUGACACGUUCACCAUGCUUUGCGGCGUUACUCCAAAUGACGUGCCAGAUGCUCACCGUACGGCCAGCUUCCGAAGCGCUCCCUCCCACACCACCCACCGCACCACCACCGCCACCGCCACCACCAACGGAGCCCUCACCGGCGACCCAGAUGCGGGAAGCGGCUCCUCCUCCGCCCUCGCACCGCAACACGGCUUGCAUGCGGGCCACGACCGUGCCGCCUCUCCCUCUUCCGCUGCUGCUGCUGCCGCCCCUGCCAAGCUGCACCCUGCCAAGCUGCGGCUGCUCCGGGCGGCUGCGGGCGGGCUGCCGGUGCACACCACCUCCAUCGGCAGACGGGCGUCGGCAAGCUACUGCGUCUACGAGAGCAUGGGCGGGUGGGAGACGCUGUCGGCCGCUGUGGAGAGCCUGUACAACCGCAUGCGGGCCGACCCGCGCUGCGAGGGGCUGUUUGAGGAGGUCAACGAGCAGCAGCUGAAAACCCACAUGUUGGAGUUCCUGUCCUGCGCGCUGGGUGGCAAGGCCCGCUUCGCCUCCUCCACGCUGUUGUCCAGCCAGCGGGACCAGCUGCGGAGCCACGGUUUCGGAGCCGGGCAGUUUGAUGUGCUGCUGCAGCACAUGAAGGCCGUGUUGGACGAGCUGGGCGUGCAACACGAGAUCGCCGCAUCCGCCAUUGCGUUGCUGCGCUGCCACAAGCACGUGUUUGAGAAGCAAGCACCCGAGGUGGAAGCUGGAGAGACGGAGGAGCAGGGGGCGGAGGUGGCGGUGGCGGCUGCUGCUGCGGGCGCGGUGGAGGUGGAGGAGGAGGCGAAGGGGCAGCAGCAGCUAGACGAGGACGCGGCUGGGUUGGCCGCAUGCUAGGGAGUGAUGCGGGGCUUUGAAGGUCGUCGUUAUAACGGUGAUGUUUGUUGGUGAGGGAAGGUCGUGUUGGCGUCGCGUGCAUGUGUGUCUACCGGUAUGUACCAUAGCUUGUUGUUGGGUGGUGGGGAGGGUCGUAACCGUUGGGCCGGUUGCUAGCGGUUGUGGGUGGUGUGGGGUGGGGGCGUUACAAGCGCUAGAAAGUCACGAGGUUACAAACGCAGGAAAAAGCAUACCGGUAUGUCAUGAGAAGUCAAUUCCGCGUGGAGCCGCGACGGCGCCUCAUCAUACGUUCACCACCAUGCAGAGUAUUUGGACGAAGGAUGUGAUGGAGAUGCUCCAAUGUAUCAUUAGGACACAGAUCCAUAGUUUGUGGUGGAUAUGCAGUUUGUGGAAUUACGAGAGCGUCGCCAGACUUUACUGGGGCGUUCUUCCCUCGGCAUCCUUUUAGCUCUUUGGAGCUUGCGCUAUUGUUGGUAUCAUGUCACACAUACACGCAUGUUCCCUUUCAUGUUCACCCUCCUACGCCUUCCUCGAUAAAGGGGCUCGGUAGGGGUCUGUCCGGUGCGAGGAGUGGGACGCGUUGGACGAUUGGAGCGGAGUCAUUUGCUGCAGGAUGGCGGGUUUGAGGGUUUACGCCUCUUUUCGGAUGAUUGCAAGCAGCAUGACGUGGCGUGAUGGAUAGCUAUCCGUACAAAGUUGUAUGUACGAAGUUCUCCUUACUUGGUGUCUCAUCUUCGUACUACUGAUGACAUUGCGUUGUUUGGCAUCACAACCAGCUACACAUGGUAUUGCUGCUGCCGCAGGUAUUUGGAUGGUUCGGGAAUAACGGCUCUGAUGCGUGUGUGCAAUGGCUGUUCGUGUGGAAAGCGGUGGGUCGGGGUUGCUUGUAAAGGCAAUGCGCACCACAUGCAAUGGAUGCAUGGUCUUGACAGCAGUGCAGCAUUAAGGAUUGCGUAAUAGUUAUCAUCUCAUGUGGUGCUAUACUGCUAAUGAAGGCACAUGUGGGGUAAGGAUGAACGGCUAUUGAGGCGAGGAACGGCGGAUUCUGUAGAAAUGGGUUAUACCCUCUGACGGCUUCUGUAUUCUGGUUUAAUGGCUCCGUAUGUCGGAACGUAUAGUUUUAGGCGGCAUCAUGUUACUGGAGGAAGAGUGAACUGAUAGCUCUUCCUCAUAACUGGGAGCGAGUGUGGUAUUGAAGCCGGCUGAAGUUGGGGCGGCAAAGGGCGACCACCCUGAUCAAGAUUGACCCAUGGGACACUGAAGAAGCUACGUCGUGAAACGUAUGCCAACUCUUGCAAUGAGGGGGUUAGGUUGCUUGCUUGGCAACUGAGACGCUUUGGUUGGAGCAAUUCGUAUUUGUUCUCUCCUUUUGUUGUCAAGAGGCAGGUGGAGGUGGUUGUGCUGUGCGUGGUGGCGGUCCGUGCCGCCUAGGGUUUCGGUUUCGGAACUAGAGUCCUGUAUCGUACUAAGAUGGUACUAAGGACUGGUAACCACCAUGUUGGUGGUUGGGGGCUGUACGUGGUUCCACAGGGCCUAAUCUGUCCCACUCUGGCCAUCUUUAGGGCUUUACACGUUUCGUAUCAUGCGUGUUUUACUGAAUCGCACGUCACAUGUGGAUGCAUCUACGUCGUUACGGCGGGUCAGCACGUAUCUGCUGUAUACUGGUCGUGGGCGUGUUUAGCCAACUGACCAAAACCGCGUCUGUUGUUGUGGGGGUGGAGAAGAAGAAGACGGGUGGGUGGGUGGGUGUGAGUGCGAUGGGCACUCGUGUGUGUUUUGGACAGGCGGUUAUAAGGUUACUUGUCCCAGGCGAACGACGCAGCGAAUGAACGUUUUUUAUUUUCUAGGUUUAGCAUCGCGCUGCAUGUGUUCUAAGUUCUGGUGGCCGGAAUGGUUACCUGCACUGCACAGCGCACAGGUGCGAGCGACGCUAGCGGAAGACAAGGGGCGUGCCAACGAACGAACGAACAAACGGGGUCAAUGGUGGGUUCGGGGGUUGCGUGUCUUCGGCCACACCCCAAUGCUGGACGGGAGCUGCACGCAUGUUGUGAUGUAAGCCGAC